UCCACCUCACUCAGCUCAGCUCAACCCAACAAACGGAGAAGAAGAAGAAGAAGAAGAAGAAGAAGAAGAAGAAGAAGAAGAAGAAGAAGAAAAAGAUCGCGUCAUGUUGCUAGGAAGGUUUCUCGGUCAGAAGAAGGCGAGGUCACCGGCGGGUCCGCCCACAACCCUAAGAACACCAACGCCGGUGACUACCUCAAGACCGUCAUCAACAACAGUGGCUCCGCUGGUGGCCUCAACAGCGUCACCAAGUGUGGCUACACCUGCGGCCUCAAGAUCAUCAGUAAGGAUGGCUUCCUCCACCGCAUCAAGAACGUCAGCAAUGGCAGUUCAGCCCGCGGGCUCAAGAAUAUCAGCAACGUCGGCUCAACCCGCUACCCCAAGAACGACAACAACAACAAAUCUGCACGUGACCUCAAGAACGUCAACAGCGGCAAAUCGGUACGCGACCUCAACGACAACAACAUCAAAUACACAUGCGACCUCAAGAACGUCAACAAGGGCAAAUAUAUAUCCGACUUCAAGAACGUCAGCGGCAUCAGCGAUGGUGGCUCCUUCUACGACCUCAAGGAUGUCAACAAGAGCCACUCCAUCCGCAAGCAUAAGAACGUCAACAGGAGCAACGGUGGCAUCAAACCGGUCGACGAGACUGCAGCCAGGUGCGUCAACCUCAAGAACGGUUAGGACGACGGCCCCGCCCUUAUCUGCAACGACAAGUCAUAGUCGUGCUGCUCCCACACGUCCAACUGCUUCGAGCACGCGCCGAUGAUCUCCGUCCAUGUACACCGUCCAUCUUCCAUGAA